AUGUGUCCUUGCGAAGACCGUCGUCCUCCUCCGCCUGGAGCUUUCUGGACUCCGCCGCCGACGUCCAACACGAGAACAAGAGAUUAUGCGGCGGCGAUGCCGAUGUCGGAGAGGAGGAGACCACCGUCUAUGGAGAACCGUGAUCCCUUCCACAUCAUUCACAAGGUUCCUUCCGGUGAUUCUCCUUACGUCAGAGCCAAACAUGCGCAGUUGGUAUCUAAAGAUCCGAAUCGAGCAAUAUCAUUGUUCUGGGCUGCGAUCAACGCUGGAGAUCGAGUUGAUAGUGCGUUGAAGGACAUGGCCGUUGUGAUGAAACAGUUAAACCGAUCUGAUGAAGGAAUUGAAGCUAUCAAAUCCUUUCGGUAUCUCUGUCCUUUGGAGGCCCAAGACUCCAUUGAUAACUUACUUCUCGAACUCUUCAAAAAGUCAGGGAGGAUCGAAGAAGAAGCUGGAUUACUUGAGCACAAGCUGAAAACACUCGAGCAAGGAAUGGGAUUUGGUGGUAGAGUCAUCAGAGCGAAAAAGGUCCAAGGGAAACAUGUCACGAUGACGAUCGAGCAAGAGAUGGCGAGGAUCCUAGGGAACUUGGGAUGGGUUCAUUUACAGCUGCAUAACUAUGGAAUUGCAGAGCAGCAUUACAGGAGAGCUUUGUGUUUGGAACCGGACAAGAACAAAAUGUGCAACCUGGCGAUCUGCUUGAUGCGUACGGGUCGAAUUCCAGAAGCUAAAUCUCUGAUUGAUGAAGUAAAAGUAACUACUGUAGAGAGUGAAUGCGGAGAAGAAGCAUUCUUGAAGUCUUAUGAUCGAGCUGUUGAGAUGUUAGCAGAAACAGAAUCGAAAAAACCAGAAGGUGAUGAUCUUGCGGAGAAGUUCUAUGCGGGAUGUUCAUUUGCAAACGUGAUGAAGGAAAACAAACCUCCUGGAAUCGCAAACAAGCACUACUGGAAUGUUCCUUCUUCUCCUGCAUCUGCUGCUAAAGCUCCUGGAAUCGCAAACAGGAACUACCGGAAUGUUCCUUCUUCUCCAGCAUCUGCUAGACAAAACUCGGCAGGUUUUUUUACUCAACCACGAGGAUGCAAAUGGGAUCAGAGGAAAGGGAUGUAUGAAGAAGAGACGAGAGGUGCAGCUCGAAAGCUAUCGUUUGGGAAACCUUUUGGUUCUGAGCAUGUUAGGAUUUUGAAGAGAGGAGAAGAAGAAGAAGCCAUGAAGGGAAAGAGACUUGACCAGAACAUGAUUCAUGGUCUUCAUGAAUUCAUCAAAGAUGCUGCAGAUUGUAUGAAUAGUGGUUCUAAGAAAAGCUGGGCAGAUAUCGCUGAAGAGGAAGAAGAAGAAAACGCAAAGAGAUUGCAGGAAGAGCUUAAAGCAACAGAGGUUUAG